GCAAAAGCUCAGAAAUAUUAGAGCUAACUUACAAGAACUCACGAAUUGCACAUCUUUAAACUUUACAUCAAGUCAAAGUAAAAAGAAGGAAAAAAAAAAAAAAAAAAAAAAGAAAGCACGAUGGGACCGUUCGCUCUCCCGGUGCCGGGAUAUCGCCUCGGCGCGCACCAUCGCCUAAACAAGCGCAAGAAAACAGACGAUACCCACGGCAACGAAGAGGAGGAGGGGGAGGAGAUAUGGAUCGGAUCCGACUGGGGCACGCCCUCGUCCUCGCGCCUCCCCUCGGACUCCAUCAACCCCCUCAGCCACGGCCCCGACACCCUGCGGCAAUUCGCCGUCGCCGGGCUGUCGCCCGCGGACGAGAUCCCGUCGAAGGCGAACCCGUUGUUUCCGCACAAGCCGCUCCGGCCGGAGGGCGGCAGCGCGAGCCGCGGGAGACGCGGCGCGGGCAAAGAUACACACGACGGGGGAAGAAGCGCCGCGGAGAUGAUCUCCACGGCGCUCAAAACGGACGCCACUGCCUCGGCGCAGCAGCUCUCGGAACGCUUGCAGCACCUCGCCACGCUGACGACUAUCCUGCACCGCUGCCUGGCCGAGGGGGACUUGGCGCGCGCGAAGCGUGCCUUCGGGCUCCUCGUGCGCACCCGGGACGUGGAUAUCCGGCAGGCGGGGCUGUGGGCUAUCGGGUCGGAGAUCCUAAUGCGGGAGGGGGAACAGCAACACGAACACGAACAGGAGCAAAAUCCAGAGCAAGAGGGGCAGGAGUUUGGGUUUGGGUUUGGGUUUCGCCGGUGGGGCUCGGCGGCCAACGUAGAAAAGGUCAAGACGUACUUGGAGACGCUCGUCCAGCAGCACCCGCACGACGCGCACCGGCCGCACCUGACGAGCGCGCUGGACUUCUGGCCGGCGCUGUUCGGCGUCGAGGUGUACAACGUGGACGCGGAGCGGCGGGCCGCGGAGUUCAGGCUCGAGAAACAACUACAACAACUACAACAAGAGCAGCAAGAACAGGAACAGGAAUACGGCUUCGCGUACGGAGUCGAUGCGGACAUGGCGUAUUUGGACGAGGAGGCAUUCGCGACGCGCAGGGGGGGAGAGGAGGAGGAGCAGGGCCGCGAGCGACGCGGGGAGGAGGAAAUUCGCGCGGCCCGCGAGGAGAUACGCGCGCGCGCGCUCGCGGCCGCCGAGGCCGUCGCCCGGCAUAUGGACCAGGUGAUGGAGAACGCGCCGUACGGGGCGCACGGCGGACUGCUACGGCUGCGGGCGCACCUGGCGCUGUACGUGGGGGAUUUGUGUCUGCCGGCGCGGCUUAUAGACGACGACGACAACGAUAACGACAAUAACAACACGGAUGGUAGUAGUGGUAGUAGUAGCAGCAGGCGUAUUUCCAAGAAAAAGAAAAAGGGCGGCAAGAGUAAGAAAAACGGCGAGGACGAGCUGCGGAUGCGUGCGGAGACGGCGGAAGAGCACGCCGCGCUGGCGAGGAGGAGGGACGAGCGAGAUAGGGCUCGAGCGCUGUUUCGGAAAUUACUAGAUGGUGGACGAGGGGGAGAGGCGGAAGGAGAAGGGGGUGCGGAUAGUUGGGUAAGGAAGUUUGUGGAUGAGGACGAGGAUGACGAGAUGGAUGAGAGGGGCGAUGAUGAGUGGUAGUGGUAGUGGUAUGUGGUUGUUACCUAUUGUCUCUUAUGUGCAGAUACCCCGAACAAUAUGAACCAUUAUUUACAUGAACAACACAAAUACGUACUAGGUUACGGAUUUAUACCCCAUUGUCAUCGAUUAUCUAUCUAGCACAUAUAGAAAGGGGGUUCCGAUAGGAUCGCAAUUACAUCCCGCACAUUACCCAAAGCAGUACCUCGAUCUACUUUGCCAGACUCCCUACGACAUCUCAAGCAUGAGUAGACCCAAUCUAUUCAUUACAGGGAGAGUCUUAGAGCAAAUGGCUUAGCUCACGAUAAACGGCAUUAACCAAGUCAGUUCAUUUUGAUCAUACAACGAGACCUAGAGUACAAAGAAGCAAGCGCGGCACCCGAAGAGAGAAACAGAAAAAAAAAGUAGUUACCUACCUACCUAGGUACCUCCUAAGCAUAUAAUUGUUGUA